GCCUCGGGUUCAGUUCAGCUCGGCGCUUUGACCGCGCAGCUCCGUGUCCAGGAAAAAAGCGUCGGCUACGCGAGGCCUUUGACAGGAGAAACGGCCGCUUGACAGUUCCGUUCUCGACCACGAAUAGCCACUGACUAAUAACUAUUUCCUCUAGUAACCAAGUGCGAACGUUCGUCAUUAUCGAGCUUUACGUUCGGCAGGAAACGGAUCGGAGUGCUUUAACUCUGAGAAGAGCCGCAUUACCCAUGGGAUCACUUAACAAUUGAUACUGUCCAACUAUGAAGAAUUGCAGUCGCUAUAAAUACACAGGCGCUCAAAAUUCUGACGUUGUAUUUAGCAGGAUGUAUUUUAAUUAUGAACCGUGAUGUUGAAGACCGAUGGCUGAACGGGAGGAGAUUAGAGCUUGAAGGAUGGCAUAGAUCCACAAUUGAACGGCAGCAUGUGCUAUGUGAUAGUCACUAGUCGUAGUUUGCUGUGGACGCUCCUGUCCCUGGUGGCGUUAAUGGCAGUUUUAUCGGGGCUCAUCACUCCAAAAUGGCUCAUUGGACCUCAGAUAAAAGACACGAAGAAUGGAACGGAGUUUUACGCGCCAACAGUCGGAAUUUUCAAUCGUUGCAUCAGGCUACACGGAAAGAAGACUCACUGCGCAAAUUUCAACUUGGAUGGCUUCGCCACAGAUUCCACCGUAUUUCCAGACUGCUGGAAAGCUUCUUACUUCUUCCUGUCCCUUGGUUUGGCGAUUAUGUCGAUGACAGUGGUGGCAGCUUUGGUUGGCUGCUGCAUGCAAAGCAUCGGCAGAAAGAGCAUCUUCAAUCUGGCUGGUGUUGCGCAGGUUAUUGCUGGAAUAUUUUAUUUGCUGGGGAUGAUUUUGUAUCCCGCCGGCUGGGGCGCAGAAAGGGUUCAAAGGAUCUGUGGAUCGGAAGCUAACGCUUUCUACCUCGCUGAAUGCUCUCUAGGUUGGGCUUUCUAUAGCGCCGUGAUAGGGGUUGGAUUGACGUUUGUUUGUGCGGUAAUAAGCGGCCAAGCAGAAAAGUCCACAGCCAGUGAUAAAGUUCAGGACAAGAUGAACGAGGGCAAAACGUUGAUCUGUCUCGCGUGAAACUAGAAAAACUGGGGAAUGUACGUCAUUGAUAUUUUGGGAAUAUUCAUAUUAUCUUUGCCAAAAGAGCAACGAUAAAGUAAACGAAACGUUGGCAGGUGCGACAAGAGAAUAGAAGGGAAUUUAUCGUGGGACCAAAUCAAGUUCAAGGUCAGUGAUCUUUGUUAGGGGGUCGUUGAACUUUUGCUCCAUCCAAUAUAUAUGUACUUAUCACAGAAAUGAAUCUGUUCUGUGCCAAUUUUUCCCCAGAUUUUCAUCUCUAUAGCAUUAUGAUUGUUUUAAGAGAAGUACGGUUCAGCUUACUACAGCCGAUUUCUAUACAAAUAAAUGUAUAUGAAACAGAUAUUCGUAAGAAAUAAGAUAUAAGAGAAGAAUAAUAUUGUAUAAGGAAGAAAUAAAUCAAGGAUGUUGUUGAA